GGGCGUCCGCGACUCUUCGACUGUCCGAUAGAUUCAUGACCUGCUGGCAUCCAAUCGUACGCCUACACCGAAGAAUAUCUCAGUGUUGACAAUGUCUCCAACUCUCGCCGCUAACGGCGAUGUCGCCGGCACUAAGUCGGCUUCGGGACGAAUCUCCUCCGUUUACAGCGAGGUCCAAAAGAGUCGUAUCGACCACGAGCUUCCCCUUCCCUCUGUUCUCAGAAGUUCCUUCAAAAUCGUAGAUGGCCCUGCUAGCUCCGCCGCCGGCAAUCCAGGAGAGAUCGCAAAGCUGUUUCCGAAUCUGUUCGGGCAACCGUCGGCAAAGCUAGUUCCCAGCGAAUCAGAUGCGUUGCAGCCUGAAAAGAACCUGAAUAUCGGUGUCGUUUUGUCUGGAGGCCAGGCUCCCGGAGGACACAAUGUGAUUUGUGGAAUCUUUGAUUACUUGCAGGAGCGCGCAAAAGGAAGCACACUGUACGGGUUUAGAGGAGGUCCUGCUGGGAUCAUGAAGUGCAAAUAUGUCGAACUGAAUACAGAAUAUAUUUACCCGUACAGAAAUCAGGGUGGAUUUGAUAUGAUUUGCAGUGGGAGAGACAAGAUUGAAACUCCAGAGCAGUUUAAGCAAGCUGAAGAAACAGCAUUGAAGCUUGAUUUGGAUGGACUUCUUGUUAUUGGUGGAGAUGACUCCAACACAAAUGCCUGCCUCCUUGCUGAAGAUUUUAGGGGUAAAAAUCUGAAAACUCAGGUACUUGGAUGCCCUAAGACCAUUGAUGGUGAUCUGAAAUGCAAAGAGGUUCCUACAAGUUUCGGGUUUGAUACUGCUUGCAAGAUUUAUGCAGAAAUGAUUGGCAAUGUGAUGGUUGAUGCCCGAUCAACUGGAAAGUAUUAUCAUUUUGUACGGCUUAUGGGGCGUGCGGCUUCACAUAUUACACUAGAGUGUGCUCUACAAACUCAUCCAAACAUUACUAUUAUUGGAGAAGAGGUUGCUGCUAAGAAGUUGACGCUGAAAAAUGUGACAGACUACAUUGUAGAUGUUAUCUGUAAACGUGCCGAACUUGGUUAUAACUAUGGAGUUAUUCUUAUUCCUGAAGGACUGAUUGAUUUUAUUCCCGAGGUGCAGCACCUUAUUGCAGAAUUGAAUGAAAUUUUGGCCCAAGAUAUUGUGGAUGAAGGUGGGCUGUGGAAAAAGAAACUGACAAAUCAAUCUCUACAGCUUUUUGACCUUUUACCUCAAGCAAUCCAGGAACAGUUGAUGCUUGAAAGAGAUCCUCAUGGAAAUGUCCAGGUUGCCAAAAUUGAAACCGAGAAAAUGCUUAUUCAAAUGGCUGAGACUGAGUUGGAGAAGAGGAAACAAGAAGGUGCAUAUAAAGGACAAUUCAAAGGACAGUCCCACUUUUUCGGGUACGAAGGGAGAUGUGGUUUGCCAACUAACUUUGAUUCUAGCUAUUGCUAUGCAUUGGGUUAUGCUGCUGGAGCUCUCCUUCAGGGUGGGAAAACUGGGUUGAUAUCAUCGGUUGGGAAUUUGGCUGCCCCGGUUGAAGAAUGGACAGUUGGUGGGACUGCAUUGACUUCAUUAAUGGAUGUUGAGAGGAGACAUGGUAAGCUCAAGCCGGUGAUAAAGAAGGCAAUGGUGGAGCUUGAUGGGGCCCCUUUCAAGAAAUUUGCAUCCAUGCGGGACGAGUGGGCAGUGACGAAUUGCUACAUCAGCCCUGGUCCAAUCCAAUUCCAUGGUCCAGCUUCAAACGCAGUUAAUCACACUCUACUCCUUGAACUUGGAGCUCAAGCUUAGCCAAGUUGUUGCUCUGAUGCACAGUCAUAUAUUUAGAGAAACCAUCUAAAUCUGUACUUUUUCUGCAUCUUUGAGAUUUCUGUCCUUUGUUUUUUAAAUGGGAUUUUUGUGAAUUGUGUUUUUACAAUAUCUGGAGGAGUAUGUAUGACUCAGAUAGUUUUGCUUCUCA